AAUGGAAAAGAACCUCCUCCUUUCAGAGACCCAGGCACUGCGAAAUCAGUGUCAAACCACAGUUGCUGAGAAAGACAGACAGAUUGCAGAACUACAGAAGCUGCACCAAGACACGAGUGUGAAGAAAUCAGUCUCUGCUGGCAGCGCUUACCCAGCCAAGGUUUUAGAGACUGUCUCUCUUGCUGGAAGUGCAGACAUGCUAGAGGAAAUCAAACAUGUCUUAGCUGAGAAGAAUCAGCUUCAAAAUGAAUUGCAGUGCUGUCUUCAGGAGAUGCACCAGAAGGAUCUGCAUUUUCAGCAGAUUAAUUCGAAGGUUGUGCAGUCAGCAGAAGAGAAUGCUGUCUUGUCUGCCCAGUUGAAGACUCUCUCACAGACUCUGAGGGAUAACCAGCUUUGUUACACUGACUUGCAAAAUCGUUAUUUAAGACUGGAGAGGGAAUAUCAGGCAAGACAAGUGACAUCUUUCCAAGGCACUGUUCAGGGUGAAACUAGAGCAGAAGUUCCUCCUGGGGCACCACAGGAAAGAUCGGCCGUUAUUGUUGAAAUAGACAAUAAGGAGCUAAAUGAACUCAGAAGAAGGCUUGCAGAGACGGAGCAGCAGUAUGACUCAGUGCAGCAGGCGCUCUCACAGCUGACAGAAACACUGUCAGAAGAGAAGAGGAGACGAGAAGCUGCAGAAGAGGCUCUUGGACUCUCUGAGGAGCAAAGUAACAGAUUUGAAAUAAGCAGUUACAGGUCUGUACCUAGCGAAUACACUGUUCAGAUGGAAACUGAGGAAGAAAAGGAGGCCUUAAUCAUCAAUCCUAGUGAACACGUUGUGGUGCGAAAGGUAAGAGGAGCCCUUUCCUUCAGAAGAUGGCUUCGAGGGCGAAGUCUUUACUGUUCUAAACUGCUGAUCUCCAGAGCAAAAUCCCGCUAUUUAUUCCUCACAUACCUG